GGUGGGCGAGCGAGCGAGGACGAUGCACUCGCGCUCGUGUCAUCGUCAUUGACAUGUCAGAACAAUGGUGCGCUCCCUGCGCGCGCCCACUCGCCACCACCGGAGAAGUGCUUCAUUCCCAAAGCCCGAGCCAGAGCCCACGCGAUGAGAUACCCACAGUGAACGACACGAAAAUGGACAGUUUGGUCGGACCUCUGGUCGCCCAGUAUCUCUCCAUGGGUUUCCAGUCUCAGGAAAACCUUCCGAAUGGAUGUCCGAACGCACAGGAAAAAGACACGCCGUGUGCGCCUCCAGUAUGCUCGUCUAGACCUAAAGUCUCCUCUCCUCAAGUCCUGCACCCCAACCUGGCGCAGGUGACCCGUGGCAAGGUCAUGAUGUCCUUGGGCCAGUUCACCAAGGGCGCCACAUGGGAAGAGCUCAUCCAGGCCUGCGUACAGUCCUUUGACACAGAGGGCAGUAUGUGUCGCAGCAGUCACCUCCUCAACGUCACACUGACCAUGCACCGACUCCUCAUCUCUUCCCGGGAGCUGCUGGACAGACUCAUGGCUCUCUUUAAAAGUGCUUUGGAAAACGAUCGCCAUGCUGAGUGCCAAAAGAUCUGCUACCUCAUCAGGUACUGGAUGCGUGAGUUCUGGCCCAUGUUCCGUCUCCACGGCAGCCUGGCGACCUCACUUCUGCACUUCAAGGAAGUGAUGCGUGAGCACGGUCGGGAGAGGCUCUGCCCACUCCUGGAGACCAGGUGGAUCAAUGAGAGGGACUGGUCUCGUAAAGCUAGCCAGAGGAUCAAAGCUAACUGCAGUAAGAAGAGGAAGGUGUCUCUGUUGUUCGAUCACCUGGAGCCACAGGAGCUAGCUGAGCAUCUCACCUUCCUGGAGUUCAAGUCCUUCUGCCGCAUCUCGUUUGCGGAAUACCAGAACUACGUGCGUGAUGGCUGCCUGAAGGAGAACCCGAUGAUGGAGCGCUCCAUCGCCCUGUGCAAUGGCAUCUCCCAGUGGGUGCAGCUGAUGGUGCUGAGCCGCCCCACCGCCCCCCUCAGGGCUGAGGUCUUCACCAAAUUCAUCCACGUUGCACAGAAACUGCGUAUGAUGCACAACUUUAACACGCUGAUGGCCGUGGUGGGGGGUCUCUGUCACAGUGCCAUAUCCCGCCUCAAAGACACCAGCUCCCACGUCUCAGCUGAGGUUACCAAGGUGAUGAACGAGAUGACGGACCUGCUGUCCUCCUCCCGGAACUACGAGAACUACCGCCAGGUGUACACCAGAUGUACCGGCUUCAAGAUCCCCAUCCUGGGGGUGCACCUGAAGCAGCUGAUCACGGUGAAUGAGGCCAUGACGGACUACGUGGAGGACAAGGUGAAUGUGCAGAAGCUCCAGGCGCUCUACACCCAGAUCCAGGAGCUCAUCCAGCUCCAGCAGGUGCCCCCACAGCUCGACGCCAACAAGGACCUCGUACAUCUACUCACGCUGUCCCUGGACCUGUAUUACACAGAAGAUGACAUUUAUGAGCUGUCUUACGUCAGAGAGCCCAAGAACUGCAAGGCUCCACCAGCUACCCCUUCUCGGCCCGCUGUGGUGGUAGACUGGGCGUCAGGAGUGUCCCCAAGACCUGACCCCAAGACAAUCAGCAAACAUGUCCAACGCAUGGUGGAUUCCGUCUUCAAGAACUACGACCAUGACGAGAACGGCUUCAUCUCGCAGGAGGAUUUUGAGAAGAUCGCGGCCAGUUUUCCUUUCUCCUUCUGUGUCAUGGACAAAGAGAAGGAGGGUCUGGUGAGUCGUGAGGAGAUCACAGCCUACUUCAUGCGCGCCAGUGUCAUCUGCUCCAAGCUGGGCCUGGGCUUCGUGCACAACUUCGUGGAGACCACGUACAUGAAGCCCACCUUCUGCGACAACUGCUCAGGAUUCCUGUGGGGUGUCAUAAAGCAAGGCUACCGAUGCAGAGACUGCGGUAUGAACUGCCAUAAGCUGUGUAAGGACCAGGUGGCUUUUGAGUGUAAGAAGAACUCCCGGCCGAGUGCCCCCUCCGACACCAGCCCCUCAAGCUCCACCCCCACCAACGCCGGCGGCACCCCCUCCGACACCAGCCCCUCAAGCUCCACCCCCACCAACGCCGGCGCCACCCCCUCCGGAUCCCGCGGACAGGAAGUUUAUGAGGACUGCCCCUUCUCCUCAGAGGAUGGCACGGAUGCCUCUGUGACAGCCCCAUCCCCAAGCCCCAGUUCCCCCUUUCACCGCCGCCAGAGACUGCCCUUCAGCCUGCCCAAGCUGGCCGGCAUCCACCGCGGCACGCAGACCGACCUGCCCCCUCCCCUCACGCCAGAGCCCAGCCGCCCCAUCCAGGCCUCGCUUCUGCCCCCCUCGCCCUCCCCGGGCGCUGCCCGCACACCCUGCCCGAGUCCCGUGCCCGUCAGGAGGCACUACGCCAAGUGGGAGAACCGCAUCUCCACCAUCCAGCCCUCGGAGGACGAGAGGGGCGAAAACAAGCCGAGCUAUGAGCACCUGGAGCGGGAGAAUGAGUCUCUGAAGAAGAGUAACGCAUCUCUCGGCAGGAAGCUCAGAGAGGCGCAGUUAGAGAUGAACAAGCUAAAGAUUCGUCUGGGGAGAUGCGAUCUUCACCGCGUGGACGAAGACUCCUCAUCUUCCUCCUAAUCAUACUCAAACCUGUGCAUGUGUGAGUGUGCGUGUGUGUGUGUGUGUGUGAGUGUGCGUGUGUGUGUGUGUGCAGUAGAGCCGCGAUCUUCAUCCUGUGGACGGAGACUUAUUCUCCUCCUAAUCAUACUCAAACGUGUGUGUGUGUGUGUGUGUGCAGUAGAGAAGUGUUCUUCAUCCUGUGGACGAAGACUCCUCAUCCUCAUCCUAAUCAUACUCAAACCUGCGUGUGUGUGUGUGUGAGCGUGCGUGUGCGUGUGUGUGUGUGUGCAGUAGAGCCGCGAUCUUCAUUCUGUGGACGGAGACUUAUCCUCCUUCUAAUCACACUCAAACGUGUGUGUGUGUGUGUGUGCAGUAGAGAAGUGUUCUUCAUCCUGUGGACGAAGACUCCUCAUCCUCCUCCUAAUCAUACUCAAACCUGCGUGUGUGUGUGUGUGUGUGUGUGUGUGUGCAGUAGAGAAGUGCUCUUCAUCCUGUGGAAGAAGAAUCCAGUUCCUCCUCUUAAUCAUACUCAAAUGUGUGUAUGUGAGUGUGUGUGUGCAGUACAGACGUGCUCUUCAUCCUAUGGAUGAACACUCCUCAUCAUCCUCCUAAUCAUAUUCCAAGGUGUGUGUGUGUGUGUGUGUGUGUGUGUGUGUGUGUGUGUGUGCAGUAGAAACACGCUCUUCAUCCUGUGGACGAAGACUCCUCAUCGUCCUCCUAGUCAUACUCACAUGUGUGUGUGUGUGUGUAGGAUGGUGUUUGUGCGUGUAAUGUGGAAAUAUACCCUUAGACCUAUAGUACUUUAUUUUUAAGCACACUGUGUGUGAGUGUGUUGUGAAUGGAGUCUGUUUCUGUCUCUGACUGUUCCUCUGCAGCAUGCCUGCAGGAGGGUGUGUGUGUGUGUGAGAUUCACUGAAGGAAGGCCACUCCUCCGCCUCUACUCAGAUUUAAUAUGUGUGUGUGUGUGUGUGUGUGUGUGUGUGUGUGUUUGUGUGUGUGUGUGUGUGUGUGUGUGUGAAGAAGAGGUUCAAUAUUGUUCCACCAAAUGAACCUACCACCUCUGGACAUCUCUGCUGCGAGCUGUGGGCUGUGGGAUUACUAAAAGGCUGAUAGUCCAGUCGGCCCAGCCCGAGCGCUGUGUAAGGGGGCGUUGGCACGGCCACACUGACACUGACACCCAAAAUAGCAUUCCGAAUGACAUACCACCCCAAUGCCCAUACCACCCCAACGCCUAACAUGGACAUACCACCCCAACACCCAUACCACCCCAACGCUUAACAUGGACAUACCACCCCAAUGCUUAACAUGGACAUACCACCCCAACGCCUAACAUGGACAUACCACCCCAACGCUUAACAUGGACAUACCACCCCAACGCCUAACAUGGACAUACCACCCCAACGCCUAACAUGGACAUACCACCCCAACGCCCAUACCACCCCAAUGCUUAACAUGGACAUACCACCCCAACGCUUAACAUGGACAUACCACCCCAACGCCUAACAUGGACAUACCACCCCAACGCUUAACAUGGACAUACCACCCCAACGCCUAACAUGGACAUACCACCCCAACACCAAUACCACCCCAACGCUUAACAUGGACAUACCACACCAAUGCCAAUACCACCCCAACGCUUAACAUGGACAUACCACCCCAACGCCUAACAUGGACAUACCACCCCAACGCCAAUACCACCCCAACGCUUAACAUGGACAUACCACCCCAACGCUUA